UUUCAUCAACGUAUACAGAUUCAUACUCACUCUGUAAACCAAACCGGGUGAUCUGCAUCCAUGUGAACGACAAAAAACGGUUGCUUCCUAACACUGCGUGCUAGUUUAUCCGAUUUUAAAUUUUGCGUCUUUGGUACAUAGAUAAUCUCUGAUCGGGUGAAACAACAAGUUGAUUUCUUGUUACAUCACAUUACUGUUUUUCCUUCGAUCUACAUAACUAUUUUCAUCCGACAAAAAAAAACAUAACUAUUUUCAUUAAUUAACCAAAUUAAAUAAUUUUAAUCUGACAGUAAUAUUAGUAAGUUAACUUUAAACUCACACAAUCAAAAACAACUUUAGAAGAGAGGCGUAAACCGCUGUGGUAAGCGUAAUAAUAACUCUUGAAGUUGAGCUCGUUUGAGUGAGCAGGGACGGUGGAUGGAAACGCGUGAAUGGAUUAUUAUUCUUUUAAUUCUCUUAAUUAAUAAAUACAAAAGAAUCGACAUGCGUAAUUAAUUCAUAUGCUAGACACACAAAAUUUCUGUGCAUGAAAAGUUGAAAACUAUAUAUAAACAUCCACACAUGCCUAGUGACUUCUCGAUCAUAGCUUACCUACAACACUCACAAUCCAAUCAAAACACCAACUUUUUGUUCUCUCUCUCAAAUCUUUGUUUCCAUAUCUACGUUCUCUCUCUCCCUCCAUUUUAUUCUCUUACACUCUCGCUCUCUAGAGCUAAACAAUGGGUCUAUUGUCAAGAAAAGUUACUUGCAACGCUCAUGGCCAAGAUUCUUCGUACUUUUUGGGUUGGGAGGAAUACGAGAAGAACCCUUACGAUGACAUCAAGAACCCAGACGGCAUUAUCCAGAUGGGUCUCGCAGAAAAUCAGUUAUCUUUCGAUCUUAUUGAAGCAUGGCUUGCCAAGAACCCGGAAGCGGCAAACUUCGAAAGAGAAGGCCAAUCUAUUUUCCGGGAACUAGCUCUUUUCCAAGACUAUCAUGGCCUGCCUUCCUUCAAGAAGGCCAUGGCGGAUUUCAUGUCGGAAAAUAGAGGAAACCGAGUUUCUUUUGAUCCGAAAAAGCUUGUCCUAACCGCGGGUGCUACUUCGGCUAAUGAAACUCUGAUGUUCUGUCUCGCGGAUCCUGGAGACGCUUUCUUGCUUCCUACUCCAUAUUAUCCAGGAUUUGAUAGGGAUUUGAAAUGGAGAACCGGAGCUGAGAUCGUACCGAUCCAGUGCACGAGUGCAAACGGAUUCCGCAUCACUAAAUCCGCACUCGAAGAAGCCUACGAGCAAGCUCAAAAGCUUAACCUAAAAGUUAAAGGAGUCCUUAUAACCAACCCAUCUAACCCGUUGGGUACUACGACAACACGAACCGAACUAAACCAUCUCUUAGACUUCGUGUCACGUAAGAAUAUACAUUUGAUAAGCGACGAGAUCUACUCGGGUACCGUUUUCACUUCUCCUGGAUUCAUCAGCGUCAUGGAAGUCCUCAAAGAGAAAAAGCUCGAAAACACCGAUGUUUCUAAACGUGUCCACAUCGUUUACAGUUUGUCUAAAGAUCUAGGCCUGCCUGGUUUUCGCGUUGGAGUUAUUUACUCUAACGAUGAUAUUGUUGUCGAUGCAGCGACAAAAAUGUCCAGUUUCGGUCUAAUCUCUUCUCAAACGCAAUACCUCUUAUCAGCAUUGUUAUCCGACAAAAACUUCACCAAGAACUACCUCAGAGAGAACCAAAUUCGACUCAAAAAGCGGCACAUGAAGCUCGUGUCGGGUCUAGAGGCUGCGGGCAUCGAGUGUCUCAAGAGCAACGCCGGACUCUUUUGUUGGGUCGACAUGAGACACCUGCUGAGUUCUAACACGUUUGAGGCCGAGAUUGAGCUAUGGAAAAAGAUCGUUUACGAGGUUAAGCUUAACAUCUCUCCCGGUUCUUCAUGCCAUUGCAACGAACCGGGUUGGUUUAGGGUUUGUUUCGCGAAUAUGAGCGAGGAAACACUAAAGGUUGCGAUGAAUAGAUUGAAGAUGUUCGUUGAUGGACCGUCAUCUAGUACAAGAAGUCAAAGUGAACAUCAAAGACUGAAGAGGUUAAGGAAGAUGAAAGUCUCUAACUGGGUUUUCCGGCUAUCGUUUCAGGAUCGAGAGCCCGAGGAACGGUAGUCUGUGUUUUUUCAUUUAAUCAUGGUGUAAUAAAUAUGAUAUUUAGGUCACUAUUUAUGUGUGAUUGUCCGUCAUAUGUAUUUUUAUCAUAAUUUUAUAUUUUGGUAUAGUUUUAGAGAGAAAGUUCACUCUGUCCGAACGUGAAACCGGAUAUUGCAGUGUGGCUUUUUGUAUAAUAUUUUUCAUAUCUUAAUGAUAAUAUUU